GGUAUAAAAAUACAUAAAAAAUAAAAAUGGAUGAACUGGACCAUGGAACAUUGUUUUUAGCUCAUAGGAUUGGUGGUGAAGACAAUUUGGUGGUUCCUGCCAGAAAUGCUCCUUGCAGCCAGAAGUACAAACCUGUUGACUACAAACAUCUGUAUGAACUCGCUGCAGAGGCAAAAAUGGCCUCUGCACAAAUUCAGUUAAAGAUUAAAAAAGCAGAGCAAGUUUCAAAAAUCGGCAAAGAGCAAAUGCUGCUGAAACAGCAUCGUCAGGUGUGGUGGCAAGAGUACAAAAGACUGAGUGAGAGCAGGCAAAAAGCAGAAGAAGAAAUGAAGACUUUUCUUGAUGAAGAAAGCAAUAAGAACAACUUCUGUUUUGAUUUGAGGGAAUUGGAGCAGAAACUGUCCAAGGAGUGGGACACUUAUCAAACAAACGCUUUAGUUCCUGUCUGGCAGCUCAAGGAGGAUCUGAAACUCAAGCUGUCUCAAGUGCAGCGUUACCUCUCAAAAGAAUCUUGUCAGAAACCCAAGAUCAAUUCAGCUGAGGUGCUACAGCAGAUCAAAUUUAUGAAGAAUCAACAGAAGGCAAUUUUGGAAGGUCUCAUCCUUGAAAGUCUGGCUUUGGAAAGAGAGCUCGAAGAGUGCAAAGAAAAUGCAUUGGAGCACUCUCCUGAAGAUAAAAACGGGCUUUUCCUUGAGGUUCCUCCCGAGCUGGUGUCUCUGGAGUGCCCCUACCCUGACCUGCAGGCCUUGGUGCUGCAGGAGUACCAGGAGCUCGCCCGCAGCUACGGCGCCAAGCUCCGGGAGGUGGAUCAGCAGCUGGAGGCUUUAUCCAGGAACAGUGACUGGAAGGAAGAAGAUCAGUGGGUUUUCCAGACUGUUAUCAAUCAGUACCCAAGCGAUCUGCAGAGGAGGAGGACUUUGUACCUGGAUAUGCUGCAGAGGUAUCUUCCCCACAAAUCCAGGCAGGAGCUGGUGGCUCACGAGAAGGCUCGGGAUCGUUUCCUCUGCAUCAGGAGCCAGCGCAGAGCCCUGCUGUCAGCCUGGGCCCAGCUCCGGAGAGCCUUUGUCCUCAGGGCCCUGGCUGCUGCUGCGGAGGCCGCUGCUGCUCACGAGGCACAGGCGCUGCUGGCUGGCUCCAGGCAAAGGCAGCUGGAGAUCUGUGCUGAUCUCAAAGCAAAGGUUCUACAGUGGAAAGCACAGCAGGAAGAAGCUGCUAAACUAGAAGCUGCUGUAGCUGCCAGAAGAAAAGAAAAGGAAGAUGAGAGAGAAAGGCUGCAGAGAGAACAGGAAACCAUCCGUAGAGCUCAGGAUAAAGAGAAACUGAAAAAAUACUGGGCUGAGAAAGAGCUCAAGUGGCAAGAACAGGAGGAGAGAGAUCUACAACAACUGGAGGAAUUGAGAAAAUUAAUGGCUGAACAAGCAGCCAAAGACAGAGAAAGGGUGCGGUUCCGACGGGCCCUGCUGCAGAGGCGGCUGCUGCACAGGAAGGAGCAGGCCCUGCUCCAGGCCCGGCAGCGGCAGCGCAAGGAGCGGCGCCUGGAAGCGCUCCGGCAGCAGGUUGCCGUUGUUGCAGAAUUAGAUCCUGCCAGAGCAGUGGCUGACACGGUGGCGUCAAAAGCCCGGAUGGGCAUUGGAGCCAACGAGGAGGUUGAGCUGCAGCAGCCCCUGUUCAGGCUGCACACCUACAGCGAGGAGCAGGUCAUUUCUGACCCCAGGCUCCGUGUCGAGCUCGCUCUCCGAGAAGCUGGACUGCAUAAAACACUUUAUGCGAGAGAGGUUUUGUCAAAGCUUCCACCACCGAAGCUUCCAAGAAGAGACACGGAAUCUACAGCUUUUAAAAUGUAGAGCACGUCUCACGAGAGGGGCAGAGCAGCACCAGGGCUCUGGUCUGGCCCACGAUACGCAAACCGUCAAUUCCCUUUGGCUGUCCUAGAACUGCUCAUGACCAUGCAGCCAUUCUCAAGCACUCGCAGCCCUUGUGAGCUGGGAGCACCACGUUACACCUGCCCGCUGUGGGUCUGGAGAGGCCGGGCUGCGUGCUGCUCAUGGCAUUGCCCGUGUCCCUCUGGCUGCGAGCGGGGACACCGUGCUCAAGGACUCCUGCGCACAGCCCAGGCCAAUCUGAUGUGCAGCAUCUUGACUAGGAAUUACUGGGAUUUAAUUGGCAGCAGAAGUCCAAAAUAGCUUAGCACAGCAGUUACUUUAGAUUUUAUUAUGUUACAUGAAUAAAUCCCACAAUUUUCUUUCCAGGUUUCUUGAGAAUUUGAUUUUUUUAGUUAUAAAAUCUUCAUUGCCAUGAAUGUUUCUAAUGUGCCUUGAUUAUGAUAAGAUGAAACAUAAACCUUUGUCUAUAUUUAGAAGGCAACUUGCUGCAUCAUAUUUACUGCAAACCAUUCAUUCAAUUUCAUAUUGUAGUUUA